AAGAAAGCGCAAAGCAUUCUGGGACUUUUAGUUCUAAGUAAGCAUCGGUUGGCUUGAAAACACGCCGAAGAACAAAAAGAGACAAAGAAAAUCGUACGUCUCUGUUGAAUUCGACGAGGGAACAUGCCCGGGUUCACCUGCUGUGUCCCCGGCUGCUACAACAAUUCGCACCGGGACAAGGACCUGCGCUUCUACACGUUCCCUAAGGACCCAGUUCUAAGAGAGCAGUGGCUGCGGAACAUUUCCCGGGCCGGGGUCAGCGGCUGCUUCAGCACUUUCCAGCCCACCACGGGCCACCGCGUCUGUAGCGUGCACUUUUCUGGCGGAAGAAAGACCUACACGGUCCGGGUACCGACCCUCUUCCCUCUGCGGGGCGUCAAUGAGCGCAGGAGUCGGAGGGGCAGAGGGAGGAAGUUGUCUGCCUCGGUUCCUGCCCCCGGGAUCGUCGCUACCAGCGUCCUGGGAAACACCGCUGGCGUCGCCGAGGGGACUAUCGGCGGAGAGGCUGGUGACGACAGCAUCACGGUGGUUCAGAUAGGCAACAAUGGGGAGUACCUGGGCACGGCGCGGCUUCCCGCCCAGGCAGAGGGCACCGGUAACUACGCUCCGGAGGCUUUAGUGGAGCUCAAAGUAGAAGACUUAUCGGCGGAGCCCGGGUCUAACCAACAGCAGCUGUCCGUUCACUAUCUGAGUGUGACCAGCAGCCCCCUGGACCACUCCUACUCCCUGACCACCGGCACCACGUCUGCGGAGCUGCUGCGGAAACUGAACGAGCAACGGGACAUCAUCGCGCUGAUGGAGGUGAAGAUGAAGGAGAUGAAGGCAACAAUCCGCCAGCUGAGAGUCGCUGAAGCCAAGCUGCAGGAGGAGGUGCGGGAGCGGGACCGGUUACUGUCCAACAACUCUGCGUCUGGGAACGUCCGGAAGAAAAACUGAUGAGGAAAUGACUGAAGUUACAUCCAUCGACAGGUUGAGGAGGAGUCCGAAGAAUAAUCCCGCUCAGUUUUAUAUUAAACUGAAACUACGAUCACAGUUUGUAUUUAGCCUGUAGAUCUGGUUUUCCUAGGCUUCAUAAUAUAAACAGUCUGCUUGUUUUUUGUAGCAGAUAGAUCGACCAUCAUCAGCAUACCCAUUUCCCCCCUCAUCACAGACUAAUUAGCUUGCACAGACUCAAUAGUAUGUAAGCUCGAUCCUGAUGUUGCAUCAUAAGGGUUUAUUUGUGUCCAUGCCUUUCAGCUUAUAGAAGGAGCCUGACCCAAGAAGCAACUCGUGAUUUAACAUGAAGAGCAGCAAGAUGAAGAAAACACUACUCCUGACCAGCCUUUUCAUCAUUUAAAUGCCCUCAUCACAGAUGCCUUUGAUGUAUUCUAUGUUAAUUUAAUUUUCUUUAUUUUGAAAGUGUUUGUGCAAGUAAAGAAACUCCUUAAAACUAUAAGGGGAAAUCAACUUAUAAAAUAUUAGUAAAGGAAGUUUAAGUCUGUGAAACAUACUUUUUUGACAUUCUUUUAAAGCUACAUGUAAUGCUUGUCCUAAGCUAGUUUGUGUUUCUUUUUUUGCAAUAGUUUAUGUUCUGGACUAAAGGCUAUUGUUUCACUGCUGCAUCUUGACAAAUUGUGUGUUUUUAUGCACAGCAAGUUUUAUACAGUUAUUAGUUAUGAACUUUGUCUGACAGACGACCUCUAAUCUCAGUUUGUUCUGAAACCCGUAUAAUGUUUUCUGGUCAUUGUUUCAGUACCUGAGGAUGUAACAAGCUUCUGCAGUGUUUGCUUUGCUUUCUAACUGCAGAUUCAAACAAAGAGAGAUAUAAGAGGGACUUCUGUUUUAGGAAAGGAAAAAUAAAGCAAUUGUGGUGGCUUCUGUAAACUAUGUUGAUUUUCU